GUGGGGUUCUUUUGGCGCGCGUGCCCGCUUUGAGCCACGUGGGCCAGGUGACCGGAGGAGGUCCGCGGGGCCGCGCGCCGCGCUCACAGCUGCAGCUCUGCAGCUCUGAGGAUAGAGAGGCCUCUGCUCGCCUCCGUUGCUUUUUCUGGUAGGUCUUCGUAUUUCUGCCGACUGGAAACAUUGCGGUGGUUCGCCGGUUCCAGCGCCUCCUGACAGUCGUCGAAGAUGAAGUUCAGCCGGAGCAGCCGCCAGGUGCCUCCCGCCCCUCGUGGAGCCCCUCUCCUCCCGUCCAGCCUUCAGUCCGUCCUCUCGUCCGCUGCACCACUUCCUCAUGCUGCGACCUCACCCGACCGAUUCUGAUAUGGACUAUGAGAGGCCCAACGUCGAGACCAUCAAAUGUGUGGUCGUCGGGGACAACGCGGUGGGGAAGACCCGUCUCAUCUGCGCCCGCGCCUGCAACGCCACCCUAACACAGUACCAGCUGCUGGCCACCCACGUGCCCACGGUCUGGGCCAUCGACCAGUACCGGGUGUGCCAGGAGGUCUGGCAGGUCAAACCUGGGCAGCUGCGAGACCUAGUGCCUGACAGGACAGUGCGUCGGUGACCCAGCCACCUCAUUUCCUCCGAUUAAACAUGUGACUCAUUGUGUGUCAUUGUACUGGAGCGCUCCAGGGAUGUGGUCGACGACGUCAGCGUGUCCCUUCGCCUCUGGGACACGUUUGGGGACCACCACAAGGACCGGCGCUUUGCUUACGGCAGGUCGGAUGUGGUGGUGCUCUGUUUCUCCAUCGCAAACCCCAACUCGCUGUACCACGUGAAGACCAUGUGGUACCCUGAGAUCAAGCACUUCUGCCCCCGCGCUCCGGUCAUCCUGGUGGGCUGUCAGCUGGACCUGCGCUACGCUGACCUGGAGGCUGUGAACAGGGCCCGUCGGCCCCUGGCCAGACCCAUUAAAUCCAACGAGAUCCUGGCCCCUGAGCGAGGCCGGGAGGUGGCCAAGGAGCUCGGGGUGCCGUACUACGAGACCAGCGUGGUUGCUCAGUUCGGCAUCAAGGACGUCUUUGACAACGCCAUCCGGGCUGCGCUGAUCUCACGUCGGCACCUGCAGUUCUGGAAGUCCCACCUGAGGAACGUCCAGCGGCCCCUGCUGCAGGCGCCCUUCUUGCCGCCCAAACCGCCCCCGCCCAUCAUCACCGUCCCGCCUCCGCCCAGCUCCACCGAGGAGCACCCGGCCCGCCUGCUGGAGGACCCCCACUGCGCCGACGUCAUCCUGGUCCUGCAGGAGCGCCAGAAGAUCUUCGCGCACAAGAUAUACCUGGCCACGUCCUCCUCCAAGUUCUACGACCUCUUCAUCAUGGACGGGGCGCCUGAGGAGGCCGAGUGGCCCGGGCGGGGCCCUCUCUCCGGCCGGGAGCUGCUGAUGAGGGCCGCCAGCUUUGACGUGUGCGAGAGCAGCGACACGGGCGACCGCGCCAACCUGCGGGCCUGCACCAGCGACGGCACGCUGAGGGAGUCCCAGGGGGCGCGGCAGGGCCAGCUGCUCUCCUCCUGGAGCAGGGCCUUCGUCAGCAUCCAGCAGGAGCUGGUGGAGGACCCGGGCACCUACGCCCCCCGGCCCAUGACGGUGGUGCACAUGGACGGGUCCAUGCUGCUGGGGCCCUUCCGGGCGGUGCUGCGCUACCUGUACACUGGCCAGCUGGACGAGCACGAGAAGGAGCUCAUGCACAUCGCGCACAUCGCCGAGAUGCUGGAAGUGUUCGACCUGCGCAUGAUGGUGGCCAACAUCCUCAACAACGAGGCGUUCAUGAACCAGGAGAUCACCAAAGCCUUCCACGUGCGGCGCACCAACCGGGUCAAAGAGUGUUUGGCCAAGGGCACCUUCUCGGAUGUGGUGUUCAAGCUAGAUGAUGGCACAAUCUCAGCCCAUAAGCCCUUGCUCAUCUCUAGCUGUGAUUGGAUGGCAGCGAUGUUUGGAGGGCCUUUUGUGGAGAGCUGCACUAAAGAGGUGCUGUUCCCCAACACGACGCGCACCUGCAUGCGGGCGGUGCUCGAGUACCUCUACACGGGCCGCUUCUGCUCCCGGGCGGACCUCGACGCCAUGGAGCUGAUCGUUCUGGCCAACCGGCUCUGCCUCCCGCACCUUGUUGCUCUAACAGAACUGUACACGGUAACAAUGUUGAUGGAGACGGCCCUUAUGGGCGCUGACACCGACGGGGAUGUCCUGGUGUACCUGGACAUGGCGCAGUUCCACUGUGCCCAGCAGCUCACAGGCUGGUGCCUUCACCACAUCUGCACUAAUUACAACAGCGUGUGCCGCAAAUUCCCCCGAGACAUGAAAGCCAAGUCUGCAGAGAACCAGGACUACUUUGAGAAGCAGCGCUGGCCCCCGGUGUGGUACCUGAAGGAGGACGACCACUACCAACGGGCCCGCAAGGAGCGCGACAAGGAGGACUACCUGUACCAGAGGCGGCAGUGCAAACGCAAAUGGCUGUUCUGGAACCUGCCCUCCUCCCCGUCCUCACACUCUCCUCCUUCUGGGUCGUCUGCUGUCAUCUGAUGGGGUGAGGAACCAUCCACUGGCUGCUGCGGACAGACACCCAGGCAUCCCAUUAAAAAAGCUCAUUCUUAAUGCUCCUUACAGUGGAAUAUGAUUUGUGGGAGGAGCACUGGACAGAGCAGGGUAUGGACUGAAUCCAAGCCUCGUUGACAGUAAAUUGAAGGCUGGUGCAAUAGGCUUCUGCUCUUCGAGCGGUGAGCAUUUCAUUGAAUGUUUGAUUAGGUAAGGUCUCAAGGAAUGGACUUCUGCUGGCACAGAACUGUCAUCCAUUGAUCGCUCGUAAGUUACUGAUAACUGAUAAACGAUAACCAAGUGCUGCUUACGAGAGCUGCAACAACCAGCAAUUUUACACAAAAUCCCAAAUCUCAGAUCCAAAAUUUAUAAAAAACUACCAAACUCAGUCUUCAGCAGGAUCCCCUCAGCAAGAAGCUCCAAGUCUCCAGUCAAUACAGGCCCUCAUGAAUCACAGAGCACUGAUUAGAGGGUUUGAUUGACCGGAAGACCCUCGGAGGACAACAGUUCACUUCACACAGACCCAGAGGGAGAAUACAGAGCGACUCCUUUUGUGUGUGUGUGUGUGUGUGUGUGUGUGUGUGUGUGUGUGUGUGUGUGUGUGUGUGUGUGUGUGUGUGUGUGUGUGUGUGUGUGUGUGUGUGUGUGUGUGUGUGUGUGUGUGUGUGUUAACAGAUUUGAAUGUUUGUGUACAGCUUGAAGUGAUUCUGGAUACACUCAAGUACCCAUCUCCAUCAUUGUGCGGCCUUGUGUGUUGCAUCUUCUUACACUAAAAGGGCUUUCGUUUACAUGAAUGCAGGUUGUGUGUCUUCUGAAAGACGCAAGAGAUUCCUGGAGAGAAAUAAGUAUCUUCUUGAAAUUUCCAGUAAACAAACGUGGGUUAUUUAAGUUUAGUGUGUUUGAUUGUUCAUUGCUAUUGCUUCACUUUGUUGAUGCUUGACAGAUGUAAUUAUACUCUCUAGAGACUUGUCAUGCUAACACACCUUACAUGCCAUUCAUUGGGGUUCAGAUUGAAUGCAUAACUGUGAUACAAAUCACACUUUAUAAGAGCGUAUUGGAUGCUUAUGAUUACGCUGCGCUGUAAACCUCCAGUAACAUGAGCUCCUCUUAUCUUCUAUCUCUGAUCAGCUUUUUAGACUCUACUGGUCUACAGGAGGCCCAGCGGGAGGCUGAAGCUGCCUGUUUUACAGCAUGUGUUUGUGACAGGGUACACGGAUGCCUGGGUCAAGCCAUCAGCCUUCUGCUAAGCUCUUGUUUGUUCUUGAAAUCCUCUAAGAUCCUAAAGCAACCCCUUGUAGCAGCACGUUGGUGGCCGCGAUCCUGCUGCUGACAAACGCGGAGGCUUCAGAAGUUUGGUUGAGUUUGUGUAUUUGUAUUUUAACGCUGCUGGUCUCUUCCUGCUGUGUGUGGAUUGGAUUGUUUAGACUUGUUGUCAAGUAUUGUUCAGAUAACAUGCAAGAAACUUGCAUUAAUGUAUGUGGAGUUAUGUCAAUAUUGUUUACUGCAGAUGGUGAUAGAAGGAACUACAGUAUUACUUAAUGGGGAAAACUUACAACGUACCAAGUUUGGUGUUGUGCUACUUGCACAAUAGCUAACUGGCAGUUACAUAUAGUAACCAAAUAUUUAAAAAAGUAUAAAAAUCAGACUAAGAAUCGCAACUAUUGUACCAAAUUCUGGUGCUAGCAUAUGUUGGUCUCACUCAUAGAGGAUAAAAGUUUCUACAAAAAAAAUUACUUGGAUUACAGGCUUCUCUUUGAGCAGCCCAUUGUGAAAGGCUUGCCUUAGGCAUGCAAAGAAAAGGUCUGACCUUUUUAAACUGCGAUUUUUAAGAUCUAAAUAAUUACCAACAUGAAAACCGCAGAACGCAUGAAUGAGGCUUGACAAAACAGCAACAAGAAAAAUCACUGAUAAUUAACACAAAUGGUGGUGCUUUUGCUCUCAAUUACAAUAUUUACCUUGUUCAUAGCAGCAGUACUGCACCCUGUGUUGUUUAGGGUUUUUUAACAGGGUUACUAGAAUGUGAAGUCUCCUCUGACCCUCCUGCUCACCUCUCCUACUAAGCUCCAAUGAUUUUUAUCUCAAGUUUGAAAUGCGGGAUGUUUCUACCACAUGUAUAUUUUUAUCAAAACGGCACGUUUUAAGUAGUGGCUUCUAUUUGAUAGGUUCUGCAACCAUAAUUAGCUGGGCAGCGUUAUUUAAAUUGAUCACAUAGAUUUUAAGAUUUAAUUUCCUAUUAAUCUUUCUUCUUCUGUGAAUGUUUGGUGUUUAGACACCUCAUGCCUUAAUGUAAAGUGUGUGUUGGAUGUAAAUACUGAUGCUGUCUGGAGGCCUGUUCGUGUGCUUAACAUGUAAGUGACACUUGUACUGGAAGUCAUGGGUAUUUGUAGAUGUACAUAAUCUGAAUCUGACAUGGUUGUACAUUUGUGAGGGGCUGUUUGUUUGAAUGAUCCUGUUUUUAUUCUUAUUAUUUGAAAUUCGUUCAGAUAUAAAUGUUUAAUUCUGGUUAAUAACCUCAAAUUUCGAAGACUUAAUCAAAGCAAAAAUAAUACAAAUAAAGUAAGUAUGCUAAAUAAAAAAUGAUUAGAAUAUAAUAUCAUUAUAAAUAGUUUUAUUAGAUUUGCAAAUCGAAAAUGGCGUCGAGAACAAUGCUUGCUGAUGCAUAGUUAAAAAUAUAUACCCACUUUAUACUAUGCAUAGAAAUAAAGUUAUUUUUAGACUGAUUUACACAGCAUUGGAGCAUUUAAAAGUCGCCAUUGAAUUACAAACGAUUAUUUGAGGAACACAGCUCAUUAGCUUAGUAGAGAAUAUCAGGUAAAACUAUUAGAUCGGAAUAUAAUAGUCCUCCAUAUAUGUGGGUGCUAACAUCAACGCUGCAGAAAAGCACAAACCAAAGGUAGCUUCGGCAGCACCAGGCUAAGAUGCUGCACAAUCACAACCGCAUAGUUAAGAGGCCUUGUACUGAACUUCUUUUUACACUUGAAAAUCUGCUCAGUGUAGGAAGCCUGUAUGACGUUUCCCGUGUCGUCAGGUUCUUUGUUCUGAAAAAGUUGUAUCGCUUAUGAACUUUGCUGUACAUCUGGAAUUGCGUAGCAUGUGUUCUUGAAAAGUAUGUAAAUAAUAUUUACUAAAUAAAAAAAGUAGCAAACGUUGAAA